AUGGCAGCCUCUUACACAACCCCCCCUGCAUCGCUAAGGCGGGACCCCCUGCCGCUCCUCGGCUUCUCGAGGCGGCCGGGAAGCAGCCUACCGCCCCCUCACGAACGCCCCCGGCCCUCUCCCUCACGUAGCCGUCCCUCGCCCAGACCGGUCAGGCCGCCGGGCUAUUCCCGGACCCUGCCGGCCAGAGUCCGCAGGAGCGCUACAGAGCUCACCGGGCCUCUAAGGACGUGGAGGAGACGGCCACAGCCCGGGACCAGCGAGGACGCCACAACACUCGCCAGCGGCGCGCUCUGCCCCCGCCCCCCCGGCGGGGGAGGAGGAAGCCGGCCCCUCCCAGAAUGCCUCGCGCGCGGCAGAGGCUGGCGCGCCUGCGCGCUGCGCGGCCGGCUCCCAGCUCAGCGCAAGAUGGCGGCGGGUGCCUCGGACCCCCUGGAAGAGAUGCUGCUCUUCUCCGAGGAGGUGGACGAGAAGGCGGUCAGCGACCUGGCCCUGUCGCCCAGGCCGGCGCAGGGCGCAGCCCCCAGGAUCGUGGCCCCCCAGCUGAUCGAUCAGCAGACCACCAUCCAGCUGCCCCCCGGCUUCACUAUCCCGCCCGGUAUGGUCUUGGUGCGCACGGAUGCUGGACAGCUUGUAAUGGUGCCUCAGCAGGCUCUAGCACAGGCUCAAAUGCAGGCUCAAGUACAAACGCAGGGACAAGGUCCUACCAGCAUUUCACCUAGACUUUCAGUGCCCACAGCUGGCCCUGUUUUUCGCCUAUCAACAACUCAGCAACCAACUUCUGUAGCCACAUCUACUGUCCGCCUAGGACUUCCAGUGCAAGCCAAAGUUGUUCAAUCAACUGCUACACCUGUCAGUGCUACGUCUGCUGCAACUCUGCCAGGAGGCUCUAUUCUUUCACAUACCACAGUAUCAGUAGCUACAACGAGUGCUCAAAAUUUAUUCAAGACAACAGUAGCAACUGGAACAUCAGCUUCUCAACAACCUGCAGUAAUUACUGGUGGACAAACUCAAGCUUCAGCACAAAACCAGGGUCAGCCUCGGCUGCCGCUUCCACCUCAUACAACAGCACAAGUACCAGCACAGCCCCAGGUCAUACCAAGCUCUCCUGUACCUGGAACCACAGUUGUAUCACAGGAAAUGCAAGAGAAUGUGAAAAAAUGCAAAAACUUUUUAGCUACUCUUAUAAAACUUGCUUCUCAUAAUUCACCAUCUCCGGAAACGUCCCGUAAUGUGAAAGCUCUGGUUCAGGAUUUGUUGGAUGCAAAGAUUGAUCCAGAAGAAUUUACAGGCCGCCUUCAAUCGGAACUCAAAUCAUCUCCUCAGCCAUAUCUUGUACCUUUCCUUAAGAAAAGUCUACCUGCAUUGAGACAAUCUUUACUGAAUAGUCAACAUUCAGUUUUGCAAGGACAGCCGUCUCAGCAGUCACUUCAACAAACCAAGCUAUCACAAGUUAUACCUCAAUCUGCCUCUGGAAGCAUUUCCUCUGUUGUCACAACGCAGACAAUAGGAAUAAGGCAACCAAACAACAUUUGCACAGUCUCUGUAUCAAAUACAGUGCAGCCUCCUCAGGUUAAGGUGGUACAGUCAAAUCAGAGUUCUCAGCUGCAGAUUAUCCAGUCAACAUCUGCUCAAACUGUGAAACGAAACCCUGCUUGCCAGACUACCCAGAUUAGGAUGCCAGUGGUAAUAACUCAGACCAUUAGACCACAAGGCACAGUAGGGAAGGCACCAACAAUACAAGCCAGCAAAAGUCCUGGGGGCUUUGGUGUUCAGGUCUCUGCAAAUCAGAAAAACAAGCUGAAUGACCCUGGAGGUGGUUCUUUCAGAGAUGAUGAUGACAUCAAUGAUGUUGCCUCUAUGGCUGGUGUUAAUCUUAAUGAAGAAAGUGCCCGAAUUAUGGCUGCCAACUCUGACUUGGUUGGAACCCAGAUACAGUCCUGUAAAGAUGAACCCUUUCUUGCUGCUAUACCUCUACAUAAACGCAUACUUGAAAUGGCUAAAAAACUAGGAAUUACUGAUGUGCCAGCUGAGGUGGUCACUUUUAUUUCCCAUGCAACACAAAACAGAUUAAGAACAGUGAUAGAAAAAGUAACAGUGAUAACCCAGCACCGAAUGGAGUCGUACAAAGAUGAUGAAUGGUACGAACAAGCUACAGAUGUCCGAUCACAGUUAAAGUUUUUUGAACAGUUGGAGCGUUUAGAAAAGCAAAGGAAAGAUGAACAAGAGAGGGAAAUCUUGCUAAAGGCUGCCAAGAGUCGCUCAAGGCAAGAAGACCCAGAGCAAGCUAGACUGAAACAAAAAGCAAAGGAGAUGCAGCAACAAGAACUUGCACAAAUGAGGCAGAGGGAUGCCAAUCUAACUGCAUUGGCAGCUAUCGGUCCCCGGAAGAAACGGAAGCUUGAUUCACCUGGACUGCUUACCAUAGGAGGAGAGGGCCUCGGUAUGUCCGGUGGGAGUCAGGCUGGCUUGGGGACUCCUUCGCCCAGGCAGUAUGCACGACAGAAAAUAACUCGCGUAAACCUCAGGGACUUCAUCUUCUACAUGGAACAGGAAAGAGAAACGAGCCAUUCUCUCCUGCUCUAUCGAGCUCUGCUUAAAUAAAGCCAAGAAUUGUACUGAUUUCUCCAUACAGAAGCUCAACUUGCAUUGAAAAGCUGUCAUUUUAAUGUGCCUUCUAUUUUUUUCAGAAGUCAAUGUUCCAGUAAUUUUGUUUUGUAAAAUUGUCAGACACAUGCAAUAAAUUCCC